CCGAACAUAAUUAUCAAAAAUAUUAUUGAACCUAUAUCUUACUAAAUUGUGAAAUUAAAACACGCACACACAAACACUUUUACGAGCUUGCAAACGAAAUUUAUCAUCUCCACUGAAUUAUAUUUUGUUGAUAUCUCGAGGUAAUGGAUAUUUCGCCAGAUAACGGCGCAUAUCAAGAGUUCAAAGAUUUUUCAAAAGAAGUAAAGAAAACUAAAGAGGACAUUGGGCUUGUCGGGACUCGCAAGCCCUCGCGACGCAAGCACGAACAUACAAAAGCCGAUUGCCAUGUAGUCGUAAGUACGGCAGCUGUUAGACCGAAGCCUCUGAAGGCUGAGGGAAAGAAGCUGCGCAAGAAGCUUCUGGAGUUUGAGCAAGAGAACCAAACGCUGUCCAAGACCAUAACAGACAAAAACCAAGAGAUCUCAGCUCUCAAGCGCUCGGUAGACUCUCUGAAUGAAGUUCUCAAUUCAGUGCCCAUCGACGAGUUGCGCUGCAAUUCCUCCAUAGCAGGUACCAAAAUAUUAGAGCUAAGCAAAAAGAAUCGGCAAAUGCGCGCAGAAUUGGAGCAGUACAAGAAUCGCAUUAACAAGAAAGAUGUUCAAAUCGAGAAGUUGGAAAAGGAAGUAAAGGCCAAUGAAGAGAAGUUGCUGCAGAACGGCGAGCAACUCAAAAAGGGCACUGCCACGGAGGAGCUACAGGCAAAGAUUAAUAGCAUGCAGCAGAAGCUCUUCGAGACACGCAACAAAAAUACCGAGCUGCAGAACCAGCUGAAGCUGGCACACAAAUGUUUGCAGCACGAGGUUGGGGAGGCUGUCAACGUCAAUAUAUUAUCCAAUAAUCUGAAUCAGGCAAACUGGCGAGGUCGUGCCCAACAAAUUUUGUCAUUGCAACAGAAGCUGCAAGAGCUCAAAGCACGCCUGGAUUCCUAUGAGAGUGGUGCCGGCGAGCGUGCUGACUUUAUGCCGUUACCACUCGGUUCGGAUCUGGAAAUAGGCAGCACCACCAGCCUGAAAUUGACGCCACGCGGCGUGAAGGCUCUCCAUUCUCCGGGUAGAAAUAGCUCCAGUGUCAGCCUGGGUGCCGGGGACGCUGGUGGAGCCACUUUUGAUCGCUUUACACCGGGCGUGCGCAAAAGCGAGAUCUUGCACAGGGCCAAAGUUGAAACAAUGGAGAAGGAGAUCGCGGCACUGCAGACACAGCUGGACGAGCAGCGCAGCCGCAAUCUGGCACUUAAGGUGCGCAACAAGACUCUCAAUGAGGACAUGCUCAAAUACAAGACACGCUUAAACGAACUGGAGGAAAUGUCCGAUUGCAAUGGCGUGAAUGCCAACACCAUGAACGAUAAGUUAAAUCGUCAGCGAAUUCAAUAUGAAACCCGUUUGGAGGAUAUGCGAAUUGAUGUUCUGCGCAUGGGUGAGGAACGCGACACUGCCAAGCGUCAGAUGGAGGAGUUGAGCGGCAUGAAUCUGGAGUUGGAAACUGUGCUGAAGCAGAAGGAUUGCGACAUACAAAGUCUUCAGGACAUGGUAAAGAAACUGGAGACAGAUUUGCGUGCCGUCACGGGCGGAUUUCUCUUCUCCUGUCGCGAAUUUCGUAAGGAGGAGUUUGUAGGCAUAUUGGAUGCCCUAGAGGUAGAAAAGAAUCAGAUGAUGCUAUUGAAUAAAACUUUGGAUGAGCGCCUUGCAGCAGAGCGCGUGAAGAACGACUCAUCUAUUGAUGUAAUUGCCAAGCAGAAGACACGCAUUGCUCGCAUGGAAGCCAAAAUACGUGAAUUGGAGAAGGACCUUGACGUGCAAACGGAUCGCAAGAAGCGCACUCAACGUAUAACCGAGUACGCCAAUGCUUUAGGACGCACCCCACUAACCGGUUCGAUUAAUUCCUUUUCCUUUGACAAUCAGUCACAGUGCUCAUCGAUUAGCUCGCUCAACUCAGUGGCGGGUGUCGAACCCAAGAUCGAAGAUAUGAAGAAUCAAUUGGAGCUGGCCAAUGAGAAAAUCACCAUGCUCACCGAGAAGCUAGAGUAUUUGACUGUCGAGAAACGCGCCGAUGCUAAGUUUUUCGAGGAGACAAUGCUUAACUCCAAGAAUAUUAUAUUGGACACCAUACUUGGCUCUCGCGGCGACGUCAGCCAAACAGUUAACAAAGCGGAAGGACAGCUGGAGCUGCCCAUUAUUAACAGCGCUUGAAUACCAGAAAUGUUUUAAUGUCUUAUUUCUGUUUCCUUAGUUCUUAUAUCGUGUUCCAUGUGGCGGAAUUAAAUUGAAAUGAUAAAAAUGUAA